ACUUCUCUUUCCUAUUCCUAAACAGACACUAUCAGGUGGUUGCUCUUCACGGACCGUUGAAUGAGAUGACCGCUUCCUUUGCGGAUCAGCAUCAGAACGAAAAAGUUUGGACACAUCGAAACAUAUCGUUUGGCGCUUUUCUUUGCUUACAUGUGCCUUCAACGGCGCGGCUGAUGAAAACACGAGGUCUCGGAACAUAUUGGUUCCGCUCUUAUUUCACGAUUUGAUUCGUUUUGCGUACGAGAAUAUCUACUAUUUACCUCUACUUGCCUAUCAGCUAGUUUUUUAUUCGAAUACCUGAGAUGCGUGGAAUACUUUCUCUGUGACUGUGAAUAGUGAAUAAAUAUUUUAUUCAAUAUCUAUUUAUUAGAUGUGUUGAAAAUUUCCUCGAGGGAUACGGAUUUGAUCGCUACUCAAAACUGAUUGAUGAAAAAAUAGAUUUCGAUCGGAAGUAAAAGAAAACGAUUUUUAAAGAACUUUCAAAUUAUCGUUUGAAAUCAUUUAGUUUGGUUGAUUGGUUAAGUUAUUGUGAAAAUUAUAUUUUGUUCUACGUCAUUACUGUAGCACUUACUUAGAUAAAUAUAUUUAUUCAAUUAUUUAUCUACACUUUUGAAAAUUGAAUAUUUAAAAUCAAAAUGUGAAAACGAUAUGCAUCAUUAUUCUUAUUAAUUUACUAAUAGCAUGAUUAAUUCCAUGAUAAAGUUAUACGUUUUCUAGUCUCACUUACAAAAAGUUUUCAUCAUGCCGCUAUUUAGUGCAAGAAAAAAGAAAGAAGAGUUUAGAAGCAAUAAUCACACAAAUGGCUCAGGAUCUUCAUCUCCGAACUCUCCAAGUACUCCGGAGCGAUCUAAUACACCUAAUAAUUAUCAUCAAAAUGGACAACAUAGUCCGGUGAGUCCUGAACAAGUACGUGAACUUCCAGUUCAUAAACCAAAAUUGGUUUUCCAUUGUCAACAAGCGCAAGGAAGUCCAACAGGAAUAAUAUCUGGAUUCACUAAUAUUAAGGAGCUAUACCAGAAAAUAUCAGAGUGUUACGAUUUUCCUGUAUCUGAUAUUCUAUUUUGCACUCUGAAUACACAUAAAGUGGACAUGUCAAAACUGCUUGGUGGACAAAUAGGUUUAGAUGAUUUCAUAUUUGUACAUCGUAAGGGACAAGCAAAAGAAGUGGAAAUUACCAAAAAUGAAGAUGCACUAGGACUAACAAUAACAGAUAAUGGAGCUGGAUAUGCUUUUAUUAAAAGAGUCAAAGAGGGUAGUUUAAUACACCAACUUGGAUUUAUUCAGGUUGGAGAUCAUAUUGAAAAAAUAAACGGUGUUUCGAUGGUUGGUUGUCGACAUUUUGAAGUGGCCAAACAAUUAAAAGAUAUCUCCAAAGGAGCUAAUUUUACACUUCGAUUAAUUGAACCAUUGAGAGCAGGAUUCUCUCAUAUCGGACCAAGAAGUGGAACAGUGUCUGGAGGAAGCAACAAAAAGGGAGGGUUUGGAACAGGCAAAGAAACAUUACGACUUCGAGCUAAAGGUCCAGCAACUAUUGAAAAAGCACCCAAUGAUGUCGUACAAGCUGCAGUUGAAAAAAUCAACAGUCUCUUAGAAUCCUUUAUGGGAAUCAAUGAUUCUGAACUUGCUACUCAAAUUUGGGAUCUUGGUCGUGAGAAAGGUAAUCCUCAUGAAUUUGUUACUGCAAUAGACAGCUCAGAUUUGGAAGCAUUUGGAUUUACAGAUGAUUUUGUGUUUGAUCUUUGGGGAGCCAUAAGUGAUGCAAAAUCUGGAAGGCUGAAAAGUGACUCCCUUCGGACAUCUAUGUAAUGCUAUGUUGCACUGAGUUAGAACUAUACAAAUUUAAAAAACUCAAUGCAAAAACUAAAGUUUUAUGAAAAUUGACUGUUAAAGUGAUAAUGAUAUAUGCUGCCAUUAUUGAAUUGUAUUUAUAUAGAAAACCUCUUGACAUGAAAAUUUUAUAAGUUUUAUGUAAUUCUUUAGUGUAUAUAAAAAUAUUACAAAAACCUUUAAAGUACUGCAUACUGUUUCUCACUUUUUUGAAUAUUGACUAUUAUAGAGAAAAGUAUAUCUAAAUUUCUCACAAAUUUGCUCCACAAAAGUUUAAUUAUCCUACACUGUGCCUUGCUGAAAUAAGUAGAAUUAAAAAUAUAACUAUACAGUUUAUUAAAUUUUAAAAAAAUUUCUUGUGACUAUAAGUACAUGUGAAUGUCUGUAUUAGUUAGAACUGUAUUUAAGUACAGUUACAGAAUAAAUAAAUAUCUUUCAUACAAGUUU